CUCGUAUAUCAGCACCAGCACGGAGAGAUUCUUGCACAGCUCGUAUAUACUAAUAUUGCGCACUUCAAAGCUGUAAAGAGGCAUUAUCUAUGGCCCAUAUACACACUGAUUGUCGACGUCAUUUUGGCGCGACCUUGCUUCCUUCUGGGAUGAAGUAUAGACCAAGGCAACCUCAUGCCUUCACUUACAUACGGCGUUUUUGGGAGGUUCUUUCAAUUGUAUGUACGAUUUUCCCCCAACGGAGUAAUUUGGUGCCCGGGGGAGCAGAAAAAUUCCUUGUUUCCGCCCCGCUUUGGCGGUGUUUUUCCCUUCUCUUCUCAAGUCACCCGAUGAAUCAUAUCUUGUCAUCGAUUCCAUUCGCUGCAACAACCUUUGUUUCUUCUCGAGCACUGUAUGCCUCGACCUUUUCCUUUUCGCUUCUUGCUAUCCUCCUUUUUUCAUGCCCUCGCUCGCUCACUCCCCGAGCUGGAGGAUUAGGUUUGUAGUACGGUAUCUUCGCUUUACCCCAUUUUCACUACUUUACUUUGCAUAGCCGACUCGACUACAUACGGCUAGCUGGCUUGCUUAGGGAGGGGAUUCUAUAACCGGUUAGUUGGUUCGUUGCAUGCAUGCAUAGGUAGAAGGAACGAAUGAGUAAAUAGUGCGAGAUGUGAAUAGAAAAACCAAACGAUGCACA